AUCCCAAAUUCACUGACGGAAGAGGGCAGUUUAAAGACAGAGAUGGCUGUUAAGUUGCCACGUAAUUAGUGAUAGAGAUUUAGUCUGUUUUAUACCAGUAGUGAUAUUAUCUGUCUUAUUACUGCUUUUUAAACAAAUAUGGGGGGAACGCAGAGCUCACCAGUGCCUGGAGGAGGAACAGAAGGAUAUCAUGUCCUCAGGGUUCAAGAGAACUCACCAGGGGAAAAAGCUGGUUUAGAAUCAUUUUUUGAUUUUAUUGUGGCAAUAGGAAAAACAAGAUUAAAUCAAGACAAUGACUCUUUGAAAGAAAUUCUCAAGGCCAAUGUUGAACGACCAGUUACCAUGACCGUGUACAGUAGUAAAACACAGAACAUCCGAGAUGUAGAAAUAGUUCCUUCCAACAUGUGGGGAGGACAGGGUUUACUAGGAGUCAGUAUAAGAUUCUGUUCUUUUGAAGGAGCAAAUGAAAAUGUGUGGCACGUUUUGGAUAUACAACCACAUUCUCCAGCAGAAUUAGCUGGACUGAUGCCUCACCUGGAUUAUAUUAUUGGUGCUGAUUCAGUUCUUCAUGAGUCAGAAGAUCUGUUUACAUUAAUUGAAGCUCAUGAAGGCAAACCUCUAAAGCUGUAUGUGUAUAACACAAACACUGACACUUGCCGUGAAGUCACUAUUACACCAAACAAGAGCUGGGGAGGAGAGGGAAGCUUAGGCUGUGGGAUUGGUUAUGGUUACCUUCACAGGAUACCAACUAGAGAACCAGAACAUAGUAAACCAGUUUCCACUAGCAAUCAAACAGUCAGCUCUCAGCCUACACCACCCAAAGCCUCUUUAACGGGGGGUUAUUCAUCGGUACAGCUAACAGCUCCUUCCACCACCACAACUGCUUCAGUAGAGGAUGCUGUUCAAGGUCUUUCAGCCUUAAAUGUAAAUAGUUCCCUUCCCACACAUCCAUCUGUAGUUCAGAGUCCGUCAGCUCCAGCAGUAUCUGUGAAGCCAUCUCUACCACCUGCGGGAGGAGAGCCCGUUGUACUAACAAGUGCUGCAGUUAAUGUUUCACCUGCAGUCAUAGGUGGACUUCCAUUCACUACUCCUAUUAAUCUGCCAGGCAUGCCUCCUAUCACAGUUAGUGCCACCCUGCCUCCUGAUGCUUUGUCGGGCAUUGUCACCUCUGUGGCCGGGAAACCAGCAGGAUUAGAUUAUCAAGAAACCAAUACAACAGUUAUUGGAGGAGCAAUUUCAACAUCGCAAGGAAUGGCUGCACCACAACAUCUCAGGUUAUCCUAAGUCCUCUGUUUCUUCUGUGGUUGAUGUGAGUUCUUUCUCUCCUGUUUCCAUAACAACUCUGUCUCCUCCUGCAGGCCUUCCUGACUAUAACACCUUGGGCUUUUCUUCUAUCUCUUCAGUACAUGCUACAGGGACUGACUAACACUAGAGACAUUUGUUGUGAUGGUUAGCAAACAGCUAAUCCUCAGAAAUAAAAAAAAAAUGGAAGAUUUAGAAUUUGAAGUUCCACAAAUCAACAGUGACUUUCCAAUUUCUAAAAAUUGAAAGAUUGUUUAGAUUUUAAAUAAGUCAGUGUUACUCAAGACUUAUUUUUUGAAAAAAAAA